GACAAGUUUAUUUUCUUGCAUCUGAACCGUCCUGGCAUUCAGAAAACAUGACCAGUCCAGAUGAAGAUGACGUUUUUCUGUAUCUAUGUUGCGAUUUGUAGCCAACCAGUGCUUGGCGCUCCAUCCAAUCAUGGCCUAGCCUUUGAUGAUAUUAUUCUUUUUCAACAAAACCAGCGCUAUCCUCGAACGCCCAAUAAAUUUGUUGACGAUGACAAAAGGUCAUCGUCUUUUUUCCCUCUAGUGUGCAUCAUUAUUCAAUGCUUUUUAUCAUUUUGACGCAAUAUUAUUUCACUGCGUGAACUUUUGUGACGGAUGAAACGUCAUCCGCGU